AUGACGGCGGCUUAUUUGGGAAACGGGACGCAGCAAACCGGGGACAAAACUGGACGGGGUCCAGACAGCAGUGGGCCUCACAAAACAGAGGACGCAGUGAAGGACACUGAGGUAGCCUAUCCAGAUACUCACCCCAGCUGGAUCAUGGGUAACCAGACUGGCAGAGACAGCCAUGGCACUACAGUUUCUCCUUUAGAUUUCUUCCACACGCCUCCUACCACGCCCUCAGAGGGAGAGCUGACUGCCAUGGCCUCAUCCUCUGCAGCUUCCUCCAGUAAGGCACAGACGCCAUCACCAACCGGCACCAGCACCCCCUCCAUUGCCUCUCCACACGCAGAAUGGACACAGAAACUGUCUGCUCCCACAGAAUGGGCUGUGAUAAGCAUAGACAGCGGCACCUCAGAGACAAAUGUGAGCAAUGCAGCAGUGAGGCAAGGGAGGGCAGCGGGCAGCCCGGUCAGCCUGGCCUCCCUGCCUCUAUCCAGAGGAUCGCCUUCAGAGCAGAGCUGGCAGGAGGGGGAUAGUGGACUGGAGCCGCAGGCUGCAGCAGAGAGAGUCGGAGAGGAGAUGACCCUGGUUUUAUUCAGUCUGAUGGAGCACUACAGGACCUCACUAGGCCUGAACCCCAACACUGAUGUAACCACAGGAGCAGUAGAGCUGCUCAGGCGCUUAAUAACAGAGAAGGAUGAGCUGGUUGAGGAGGUGGACACACUUAGGGAGACACUGAGGACGGAGAGGUUGGAGUGGCAUCAGUUCCAGUGUGACCUGCAGGUUGCAGUGUCCGUGGCCGACCGGCUGCGGGUCGAGUCGGAACAGGCUCUGGGUUUGCUCCAGGAGAGCCAAAGGGCCGUCAAGAAGCAGCUGGCACAGGCCCUCAGCAGAGAGCAGGAGAAGGAGGGAGAGCUGGAGAGUCUGAGGGCCGAGCACAGAAACGUCUGCUGCAAACUUACUGAACUCACCCUGCAGCGGCAGCUGGAGCGAGCUGGGCUGGACGCUAUGCGGGAUGCUUGCAAGGUGAAAGACAAAACAGACUGUGAUGAACAGGCAGAGCGAAGAGACUCCGAGGAGGGGAAUGGGGAGGAAAUACAGGAAGUUGUGGAAGAAAAACCCGGGGAAGUUGAAACCGACACUGAAGUCAAAAAUGUUGAAAAGCAAAAGCAGGAGAAUGAAACAAAUCAAGAGGUGGAUACUCAUGUUGUGGGUCAUGAUCCCGAGGAGGCAAAUGGAUCACAGAGCAUUCAGCUCAAAGGGAAAGGGGUGGCGGAGGGAUACCUUCGUAGUUUGGCUAUACAUGAGAAGAAGAAAGAUGGGAGAGAUCCAAGGAGGAUUGUGAUGCUGUCUGAAAGAUCUUGGAGUCUCUCUCGUAUCCGACUCGCAACUGACUCUUCCAGUGAAAAUGGGACCUCAAAGAACACAAGCACAACACUACCGCUAUGCAAGAAAGAAGAGCCACCAAAAGGGAGAAGGAUGGACCGCAUUUUACAGCGGCAGGACAGCUGGUCCAGCUUUUACACAGGAAAACAGGAUGAGGACCAAAGCUCAGAUUCCAUCAAACCUCAGGAUGGUUUCAGUGCUCUGCUGAGGCGUCAUGGCGGAUCCAGAAGAAACUCUCUGCUGCGCUGGUGCCAGAGUCGUACCCAAGGUUACAAGAAUAUUGAGAUCACGAACUUCAGCAGCAGCUGGGAUGACGGCUUGGCGUUCUGCGCCGUUUAUCACACAUAUUUACCAACUCACAUCCCAUACGACACCCUCAACCCAGCAGACAAGAAGGAAAAUCUGGAACUCGCUUUUAAGACAGGAGAAAGUGUCGGAAUUAUAGCCACACUGACAGCAGAGGAGAUGCUGAAGCCAGAUGGACCCGACUGGCAGCAGGUCCUGGGUUACGUCGAAAGCAUUUUUCGUCACUUUGAGAUGUGAAGUGGUUUUGUCUUGU